UGAAACGUCUUUGAGACACAUCCUCAUAAACCCUCCCACAUUCUAGCGUCGGACGAAGAUGAUGAUGAUCGGCCGCAACUGUGGCAGGCUGGCCGUGGCAGGCCAGCGCCUCUUCACCACAGCGGCCCUCCGUGGCGUUUCGAGCCGGGCUGCUCAGCUGAAUUCGCAGCUGUUGGCUGGACUUGUUCGCAGCACAAUGACGGUUUCGUGGGCUAGGGCUCCUGCGAACAGGCUGAGGAAUGAGAGCACGCUUGCUCUCGUGGACCGGGCCAACCAUCCGCACAGACCUGAUGAGAAGGUGGCGGAAGAAGCUGGAUUGGCUGGAGCAGGCGGUGAAGAGAAAGGGAUCGUGAGCUAUUGGGGCAUAUCGCCGGUUAAGGUCACCAAGGAAGAUGGAACCGAAUGGAAAUGGAACAGUUUCAGGCCAUGGGAAACAUACAAAGCGGACCCGUCGAUUGAUCUGAAGAAACACCAUGCCCCCUUGACCUUCUUGGACAAGCUGGCCUAUUGGACUGUCAAAGCCAUAAGAUACCCGACUGACAUUUUCUUUCAGAGAAGGUAUGGUUGCCGAGCAAUGAUGCUCGAGACAGUGGCUGCGGUGCCCGGGAUGGUAGGUGGGAUGCUGCUGCACUGCAAGUCCCUGCACAGGUUCGGGCACAGCGGAGGAUGGAUCAAGGCCCUGCUGGAGGAGGCCGAGAACGAGCGCAUGCACCUCAUGAGCUUCAUGGAGGUCUCCAAGCCCCGGUGGUAUGAACGGGCCCUCGUGUUUGCAGUGCAGGGCGUCUUCUUCAAUGCCUACUUCCUCGGGUACAUGAUCUCCCCCAAGUUUGCGCACUGUGUGGUCGGGUACCUAGAGGAGGAGGCCAUCCACUCUUACACUGAGUUCCUCAAGGAGAUUGACAAUGGCAACAUCGAGAACGUCCCUGCCCCUGCAAUUGCUAUUGAUUACUGGCGCCUGCCCCCUGGUUCCACCCUCAGGGAUGUCGUCAUGGUGGUGAGGGCCGAUGAGGCCCACCACCGUGACGUGAACCACUUUGCAUCGGACAUACACUAUCAGGGUCGCGUACUUAAGGUAGCUCCUGCUCCUAUCGGGUAUCACUGAGAGACGAGACGUGUUUGACACCAGAGAGUCAGCCAGUCGGUGUUAUGUGUAAUGGAAAUAUCGAUUGUCUUCAAUUGGGAAACAUAUAUACCUUACUAAGUAAAUGAAUAACUCCCUUUCCUAUAACAUCGUAAAUGUAAAUACUGUUCCAAAGUUCACGAUCACAAAUUUCAUCAACAGCAAUCGAAUCCAAUAGAGUUGCUUGUGGUAAUUGUACAACCUAGCUAGGAAGGAAAGCCCAACAGCUUUUGAUUAAUCUAGAUUCGAGUUAGGUCAGGUUAUUGAGGAAUAAGCUCUCCCAAUCAUUAAUUUUCUUCAUUUACAAUAUUCGAAUCGAAGACCUUACUUAAAAAGAAGAAUUACUUAACCACUUGGACUAACCCA